AUGUCUACAGAUAGCAACAGUGAGUGGAAAGGCAAUGAAUCGCCACCUGAGAUGACAGAUGCGCUUUAUGCGCAUCAAGCAAUAGCACUAAAGUGGAUGCAGGGUGUGGAAGAGGACAAAAGCCGAAAAGGUGGUAUUCUGGCCGAUGCCAUGGGUCUGGGAAAGACAAUCACAGCUUUAGCCCUGAUCUUAACUCGUCUCCCCUGGCGAUCCUCUACCAGUCCUACGCUUGUUGUUGCUCCGGUAGCACUUGUAAAUCAAUGGGAGCGCGAGGCCGUAUCGAAGAUUAAGCCAGAGUAUGGCCUCAGAAUUCUCAACACACAAAAGACGAAAUGCACACUGGAAAGACUUCGAUCGUCGGACCUUGUGCUGACAACGUAUGGGAAGCUACGUAGCGAAGUGAAGGCAUACGAUGAAGCUGCAGAUCGGGAAUCUGACGACAAAGGUUCCAUUCUAGGAGACGACUACUUGACUAGAAAGUUCCCAAUUUUCGGGCCGGAUUCGAUGUUCCAUCGCGUCAUUCUCGAUGAAGCCCAUCUCAUCAGGAAUGCAGACACUGCAACAGCCAAGGCUGUGUCUAGAGUGCGCGCAGAACAUAGAUGGUGUCUUACCGGGACACCAAUGAUGAACUCUGUAGAUGAUCUGGCCGGGUUGAUGCAGUUUCUGCAAGUCGAAAGCUACAGCGAUCCAAAGGUGUUUCGAGAAGCAUUCAGGACUCUGCAACGGAGACAAGGUGAGACGUCAUCCGACCAUGUGGCUUUGGAGAAGCUUCAAGCACUACUCAAUGGUAUGAUGCUCCGAAGAACCAAGGACUCAUUAGUUGACGGCUCACCGAUCAUCUCCUUGCCAAUCAAGGAGGAAGUCACCGAGCACGUAGUUCUGAGUGAUCACGAAGAGGUCAUGUACAACAACAUACACUUGGAAGCCCAGCAGCACGUAUCAAAUCUCCUUCAUGGUACAAGUAAGCAUCGUUCGACGAGUCUUAGCCUGCUCCUGCGUCUGAGGCAGGCCUGCUGUCAUCCAGAACUUUACGCGAUUAGCCGGAAGUCUUCCAGGGUCAAGAAUUACCCUGUGGAGAUCGUUGGGGACGUCGAGCAGCGUAACUCUACCGACACGCCCCGGGGAGACCUUGUUGAUCAUCAUAAUGAUGUACGCCAUGAGUACGAUGAUGGUCUAGUAGGUUCAAACCACAAUGUCGGAGAAUCCAACAUGGGUGAAAGUUCGGACAAACGCUUUCAAGAGACAAAUGAGGCAAUCCCCGAGAAGUCCACUGUGGCAAACACGAUUGUGGAAAGCGGCUGCGAAACAUGCGUGAAAAGGACUGUCGAUUCGCGUUAUGAGAUGCAGCGAUCCAGUGACUCCAGCCCAGGUGAACAUCGUCUGAGAGAGCCCGUCAUCGCCAAGGGAAAUGCACGGCCGCAACCGCAGCCUAUGGCAUAUCUGCAGCAAAGCUGCACCAGUUCAGCCAAGAUCGCCAAGUGCAUGAAUAUUAUGAGAGACAUCCAAGCCACAGGGGAAAAGACGAUUAUCUUCUCGCAAUGGACUCUACUGCUCGACCUCCUCGAGCUCCAAAUCUCCAAAGCAAUGAUCAAGUUUUGCCGCUACGAUGGCAGCAUGAGGUCCGUUCACAGGGACAAAGCUGUAGACGACUUCACGGCAGCAGAUUCCAAGGUGAAAGUGAUUCUUAUGUCGCUGCAUGCUGGCAAUGCUGGUUUGAAUCUGGCUGCUGCAUCUCAUAUCAUUCUGAUGGAUCCUUUCUGGAACCCAUUUGUCGAGGAUCAAGCCAUCGGUCGCGCGCAUCGUAUGGGCCAAACAAAGAAAGUCAAGGUUCAUCGAUUGCUAGUCAAGGGCACGAUCGAGGAUCGCAUUGUCGAGUUACAGGCGCACAAGCGGAAGCAGGUCGAUGGUGUGUUGAAUCAGGAUGCCGUACAUGUGGGUGCAUUGAAUACCAAUGACUUGGGCUUUCUCCUGGAUGUUUCAAGCCGUUAA